GUGCCCGGCUGCUCGCCCUCCUGUCCCACGUGCCAGCGAUCUGGUCCUGCAAACUGCAGCCUCCACGUGCUCGCCCUCCUCCUCCCAGACCGUUCCCGCCCACGAAUAAUCUGGACGCUGCGCCGCCUCCGCAUGCUCGACCUCUCUAGCAAUUGCCUACAGGGCGGGAUCCCCGCGGUGCUCGCCUGCGUCGCCCUCCGGGACCUUGCCUACAACAACGCCGUCGACGUCGUGAUGUGCUGUGCAUGUGCUGGCCGUGAACAUCGACGUGCGCGCGGCCACGUCGCGGUCGGCGCGGUCGUCCGGUAGCGCGAGAACGCCGCCAAUAUCAUGUACUCCAGCAGUCCAGCCACGCUAACCUCGUCCCCAGGACUGCUGCGCCCGAUCAGGCCGCCGAUGACGAGUACGAGUACGAGGUGGAGGCCACCACAGUAAUUGACGCUCGCCUCUCCGCUGUGCGGGUCCAUGCGGCCGGCGAGCGUUCCUUGGCAGUUUGGCACCCAGCCGUUGACGACGGUGGUUCGUGCGAACACCAUGCUGGAUAGCCCACUCCGGCUAAGAGCAACUGCAACAGACUCGUUAAACAUUAUUUCCUCGCCAAAAAAGAGAAAAGACCGUGAAAAACUAGAUCCAACAGUCUCGCCAUCGAGCUCGCUUCUCCAUCUCACUCGGCAUCGCGUUCCCGUCGCUGGCCAUCUUUGCCGAGCAGCUCCAACUCGCCAUUCUCCCGCCAGCACGCUCUCCUGCGCUCCCGCUCCCACGCCCUCCCGCUUUCGCGCCAUCCCACUCGCAUCCACGCCCAUGCUGUUGCGCUCUGGCCGCCGCAAUCUUCCAUCGCCGCCGCAAUGUUCAGGCCGCCGCGACCCUGUCGAAUAGAGAGUGGAGAAAAAGGGAUGGGUAUCGGAUCUGCAGAGAGUCAAUCCCAGUUUCUUCUAGGAAGGGUGGAAGAAGAGGCAUAUCAUCUGGAGGGAGAGUCCGCUGACUCCACUAUCAGAUCCAUGCGCCACCAGGUGGUUCCCCUCACAGCCAACGAUCGGAUCCCAGAAGAUGUGCCAAGUGGUAGCCAAUUCGACGGUACCAUGGAUUCUAGGUAUUACACAAAUCUCCUGGUUAAUGGUAUUGAAGAAUCUCAAGCAACUCGUAGUGAUGUAAGAAUCCAACAUGGUCGUGCAACAGCCAAGAGUUCUCAGGGUAGAAGCAAAAAUUUUAGAGAUGAGGAGGACAUUCUUCUUGUGUCAGCUUGGCUGAAUGUGGGCAUGGAUCCUAUUCAAGGAGUUGAUCAAACACAUGGCACACUAUGGAGAAGGAUACAUGAAUAUUUCAAUGCAAACAAGAAGUUUGACUCAAAUCGUUCUGAAGUAUCUUUAAUGAAUCGUUGGUCUGGUAUACAACAUGAUGUGAAUCUGUUUUGUGGAUGUCUGUCUAGGGUUGAAGCUAGGAAUCACAGUGGUUGGUCAAUUGAUGACAAGGUCGCAAAUGCAUGUGUAAUGUUCAAGGCCGAAGACCCAAAGGAUAAGAAGUUUUCAUACCUGCAUUGCUGGAAAAUCUUGAAGGACAAGCCCAAGUGGAUGGAUAGGCGGAAGGAAAUUGGAAGUGCAAAAAAAUCAGCCACUAAGAAACAGAAGACAACGACAAAUUCUUCUCCAGCAUCAGUUGCAAAUGCAAUUGCCGUAGAUGCCCCUCUUGGGGGUGCUGAUCAUGAUGAACCAUCAUGUAGGCCCGACGGUAAGAAGAAGGAGAAACAAAAGCUACGACAACGUUCGUCCAUGGAAGUUGUAGACUAUCUAAUUGCAAAGAAGAAAGAUUCUGACCUUGAAAAGGACUUGAAGAAAGAGGAGAGGUGCAAUAAAGCCUUUGCUCUACAGGAAGAAAGGAUCAAAUUGGACAAAGAAAAGUUUGCGUUCCAAAGACAGCUCGAAGAGGACAGAAUAAUUGGUUUGGACCUUAGCACCAUGAACUAUAAACAACAGCAGUAUUAUGAAGAUCGUCAGAACGAGAUUCUUGCAAGACGUUUCAAUAUCUAGAAUUUUCUAGUUUUAGUUAAGUAUGCUAGAUUUUUGCUUCAUAGUCCAAGAUGAUUUUUGCUGCUAGAUUUUUCUGUUCGCAUGGUACUCAAAAAGGGACUGAAUGUUUUCAAGUUUCGUGUAUUGGACUGAAAAAAGGGACUGCAUGGUACACAAGAACAGAAAAAAAUUACAAGAUCUCGUUUGGAUGUU